AUGAAUUUUAAGUUGCUCUUAUUAGCAUGCCUGCUAUUUGUAGCAGUUGUAGCUGCUACUAAGAAGACAGCUCCUGUAAAAAAGGAAACAGAAGUGAAGGCCCAGGUCAGUCCUAAACAGGAAGAAAAAAAAGAUACUGAGGUAUCAAAACACGCAGAAGAAUUGGACCGAGAAGAAGACGAAGACGAUGACGAUAUAGAAAAGGCACUCCAAGAACGUGCAGAUGAUAUUGAAGAAAUAGAUCCCGAAGAGGAGAAAGAUUCAAUAAAGGCUUUUAGUCGCCGUCGUCGUUUAUACUACCGUCGUCGUUUAUACUACCGUCGUCGCUUGUACUACCGUCGUCGCUUGUACUACCGUCGUCGUUUAUACUACCGUCGUCGCUUGUACUACCGUCGUCGCUUGUACUACCGUCGUCGCUUAUACUAUCGUCGUCGCUACAUACGUCGCCGCUACUAUAUCCGUCGUCGCCGUUAUUACUACAGACGCCGUCGCUUUGGCAAAAAGUAAAUUGAUAAAGCCAUACUCACUUUCUGAGAUAAGCUAAUGGUGAUAUAUAGGCUCUAGAUUUACCUUUGCAAUCGCUACCGUAUCUCAUAGGCAGAUUGACGAUUGUAAUCUAUUAACAUUUGCUUAAUAAAGGCUCC